ACUCUUAUCUUUCCUCACGUACUCAGAAACUUAUCUCAAAAUUUUCUUUCAAACUUGGCACAUCAACGUUGACUAAUUUCUCAAGAUAUUUGAUGCAAGAUGUCGUAUUCGGGCCCAAAGGCCCACCAUAAUCGCAAAGCCCAUAGCAAUACCGAAGCGCUUGCGCAAGCGUCUGGCGGCUGAUCUUUCAUCACCAUUUCACUGUGUACGAGCCGUCGUAUCUUUCAUGCUUUGCAGGAAUUUUUCUUCUGUGACAAAAAGAUUGAAUCGCACAAAAUGCCUGGGCUAACCUGCAACUCGUGCAACCAAGAGUUCAACGACGAUGCGGAGCAAAAGCUACAUUACAAGUCUGAAUGGCACCGCUACAAUCUCAAGCGCAAGGUAGCUGGAGUGCCUGGAGUGACUGAAGCAUUGUUUCUAGCUAGACAAUCUGCGCUUGCUCAAGAGAAAAGCCAGUCAAGUGAAACUCCAAUGCUCUACAGUUGUGGUCUUUGUGGGAAAGGAUAUAGAAGUUCUAAGGCUCAUGCUCAGCAUCUUAAUUCACGAAGUCACAUCAUGCGGGCUUCUCAAGGAACAAACCAACAAGAAGAGGAGAAGGCAAUAAUUAAGCCACUUUCCCGACGUGUUGUGAAUAAGCCACCCCAUCAAAGGGCGAUAAACAAUGAAGGAAGUGAAGAAAGCGAAGAUGAGUGGGUGGAGGUUGAUCCCGAAGAAGAGUUGGUUGGUGAGGCCACUAAGUCCUUAACUGAAUUGAAUGUACAUGAGCUUGCCUCUGACAAUGAUAUGGAUGAUGAUGACUCUGAGGAGGAGUUGGAUCCAUCUUGUUGCUUUAUGUGUGAUCUAGAGCAUGAUACCAUAGAGAGCUGCAUGGUUCACAUGCACAAGCAGCAUGGGUUCUUCAUUCCCGAUGUUGAGUAUCUAAAGGAUCCAAAAGGACUCCUUACUUAUCUUGGCCUUAAGGUCAAGAGAGAUUAUAUGUGCCUGUACUGCAAUGACCGCUGUCACCCUUUUAACAGUUUGGAAGCAGUUAGGAAGCAUAUGGUGGCAAAGAGUCAUUGCAGAGUACAUUAUGGUGAUGGUGAUGAUGAGGAGGAAGCAGAGUUAGAAGAAUUCUAUGAUUAUAGCAGCAGUUAUGCGGAUGGGCAUGGAAAACAGCUGGUUGCUUCAAGUGAUGUGGAGAACAAUGUAGAACUUGGGAUUGGUGGAGCUGAGCUAAUCAUAACCAGAAGAUCUGACGAGGGUAUAUCAACAAAAUCACUUGGCUCCCGGGAAUAUUUGCGCUACUAUCGCCAGAAACCACGACCCUCACCCUUGAACAAUGUGGCGAUUACUGCAGCUCUUGCCGCAAGGUAUAGGAGCAUGGGGUUGGCUACUGUGCAGUCGAGAGAACAGAUGGUGAGGAUGAAAGUGAUGAAACAAAUGAAUAGGUCGGGAGUGGAGGCCAUGCGCACCAAGAUUGGAAUGAAGAGCAAUGUCAUCCGGAACCUGCCCAAGAAUGUCACACACUAGUUCUAGGCCAACCCUUUUUCUUAUUCAAGUAAUGUACUCUGUUGAAAUUAAGUUUGUAUCCUAUGAACUUGCACUUCUUAUUUCCUCUGCAAUGUGGGAUUUGCUCAGACAUGGUUGGAUUGAUCCACAAUAUGCUAUCAAAGAACAAGUUCACAGC